UCCACAACCAAGCUCUCUCCCCCCCAUAUUGUCACGAAUUCCCUCGAAUUUGGAUUGAAUUCUACAAACCUUCCAAAAAAUCAGAAAUCGCAGAGGCCAAUCAUCCUUCUAGUCGGGCGAUUUCAACGACGCAAUCAUGGGUGUCGCAAAGAAGACGAGAAAGUUCGGACAGGUCAAACGAGUCAUUGGCCUGAAAGAUACCCGACUCAAGGAGAACCGACUGAAAGAAGAGCUCAAACAGAAGGAGAAGGAGGCCAGGAGGACGGUUGGAGGCGAGCUCGUCAAAGAAGUUUCCCAGAUGCCGAGCGGCAUGUACUUUGCCCACAAUGACAAUCUCAAGCCGCCGUAUAGCGUCCUCGUCGAUACAAAUUUCCUCAGUCAUACCGUCCAGAGGAAGCUGUCGCUGCUGGAAUCCAUGAUGGACUGCCUCUACGCAAAGUGCAACCCCAUCAUCACCUCAUGCGUCAUGGCCGAGCUCGAGAAACUGGGAACAAAAUACAGAUUGGCAUUGAAGAUUGCCAGAGACGAGAGGUGGCAGCGGAUACAGUGCGAUCACAAGGGCACGUAUGCAGACGACUGUAUCGUGGAUCGGGUGACGAAGGAUCGGAUAUAUAUCGUGGGCACCAACGACAAGGCUCUGAAGCAGAGACUACGAAAGAUUCCUGGUGUUCCGAUCAUGAGUGUCGCGAGGGGCAAAUAUGUAAUAGAGAGGCUUCCGGGAGCGCUGCCUACAUGACGGGAUUAUGGGUUAAAGCCUUGAUUUAUUUACUUGUUUCUUCAACCUUUUAUUCUCGGUUUUACGUUGAACGAUUGCACAACUCGCGACUGGAGUUUAGCGCAAGUCCGAACCAUCCCACUACACUUCCGCUUAGGUAAUACUACAGAGCAUCAGCCUUGUCGUCAGAAAGUCCGUAGUUGAACAUUCUAGACUCUAAAGCGACUACGACGCUGUUAAUAAACUUCAUAACUGUC